AGAAAACGAAUCGUUUUCUUGUGGCGGUGAGAAUCGGUGAAUUCAAAGCGGUUAAACUAAACUAUUGUGGAAGUAUUAUUCUAAGUGAAAAUAAUAUGCAUUUAUUUUGGAGGGAUAGUCCACCUCGUGCUAACACUUCACGGAAUAACGUUGGAGAUAGAAGGGAAAAAAGACCAAAUGUAACAAAGCAACCACGCAGCAAAAAAGUAAGAAUGGAUCAAGAUGCAUGCCUCGCAGUUGAGAAGGAACUUGACCGCGUUAUGACUAGGUUUGAUGAAUUGCAAGAAUCCACCGGAGCUUGCUUUGUUGAGGUUGCAACGUUGUAUGAAGAUUUGUUGGAAACAUUGCAUAAAGCCGAACAAGAAAUGGUAAACAUUUACAAUACAAGUACACAAGUGGAUGGACCAGGUGAUAUUGAGAUGUCGGAUGAAUCGGACAUGCAAGUGGAAAUGGAACCUGCUCCUGCUCGUUUAUCAGAGCCACAAAUAAAUAAUAUUUUGGAUACAUUACGCAAAGCUAAUGAGAGAGUACAACAAUUAUCGAUAAAUCAUAGAGAUAUACAUGGCACCGUAUCGAAAGUUGGAAAAGUGAUUGAUCGUAAUUUUGUUUCAGAUUAUACAGCCAUAACACGUAUUGAUGCACUACAAGAUGAUCAUAAUAUGAUGUUAUUAAAUAAAGUUAUGGCUAAGCAUUAUUGUCGUCAAGGUAUGGAUGAUGUAGCACAGCUACUCAUUAAAGAAUCUGGUAUGCCAGAAGAAAUGGCACAAGAGGUUUUUGCUUCAGAAAGCAGUUUUGCUGAAGUUUAUAGCAUUUGGAAAGCUAUACAACAACAGGAAUUGGGACCUGCAUUAGAAUGGGCUGCACGUUAUUCCAAUGAAUUAAUUGCAAAGAAUUCAUCGUUGGAAUUUAAAUUACAUCGUUUAGCAUUUCUUCAGAUUGUAUCGCGCGGCAUGGAUGCACAAGCUGAGGCAAUCGCUUAUGCCAGAAAUAAUUUUUCAAAAUUUAUUGAUCGUUUCGAAACUGAAAUACCAACUUUAAUGGGUUGUUUUAUAUAUCUUCCAUUGGGCAUUGAGAAAUCACCAUAUGCACAUUUAAUUUCUCCAGAAAUUUGGACUGAAGCUUCAUAUAUAUUUAUGAAAGAUGCUUGCAAUACGCUUGGUAUAAGCAAGAAUUCUGCAUUGUCAGUUGUUAUCAACGCUGGAUGUACUGCUUUACCGGCACUGUUGAAUAUAAAACAAGUUAUGCAGUCUCGCCAAGUGUUGAGCAUUUGGAGUGGACGUGAUGAGCUGCCAAUUGAAAUUGAAUUGGAUCCUGAAAAUCGUUAUCAUUCAAUAUUUGCUUGUCCCAUAUUACGACAGCAAACCACUGAAGAUAAUCCGCCAAAGAGAUUAACUUGUGGGCAUGUGAUUUCAAAUGAUGCUUUACAUAAACUUAGCAAUGCACAUAUACUAAAAUGUCCAUACUGCCCGGUAGAACAAAACGCUGAUGAAGCAGUUCGUAUUUAUUUUUAAGUUGUAUGGAAUAAAUAUACAUUCUAAUUCAAUGCGCCUCCUAUAAUGCAAAUAUAAUGGGUGAUUAUAUUAUAUUUAUAAUAUCUACACAACAAACGUGUGCCAACACAGCGCAGAAAUUUAUUUUAAGUUAUUUUAAUAAGUUAAACGUAUUUGUUUUUAUAGAAGCCAUUCGCACUUUAUGAAAUGGUUUACCAACGAAUUAAGAAAAUUUUAAUUUCUUUUGUAUUUAUUUUGAAAA